AUGGCUUAUUUACCAAAGAGAGAAAAUCUAUUUUCGCUGGAGAGAUUUAUUCCACAUUCGGUACGAAAAAACUUGUGUGCUGUUACCGUUCAUAAUACAAGAGAUUUUUUUGUCAGUUCUGAAAAUCACAGUAUUAUAGCCAAAACACUCCUCGAGCCAAACAAUAGCAGACUGACAAUUAUUGGGGACGUUGAAUAUGGAUGUAGUAAGAAGAAUGGGGUCAAGGUUUCUUUUAAAAUCUUGUACCAUCUUCAUAAAAAUCCAUCCCUUACCCCAAAAUCAAAGGUGAAUCGACGCAGACGUCACAGAAGAGCUACCAAUAAUGUAGCCCCUCAAUUUAUUCCCAACCAUUACCACAAACGAGUGUUGGAAGAAGCUGCGAAAGGUGUCCUUGUUGGCAUCAUCACAGCUAUUGAUAAGGAUACUGAAGAUGCGGGAAUGUUGACCUACUCCCUUAUUGCUUCUCAAGAUGCCCGGAGUCAGUCGAUGUUUACAAUUGACCAAACAUCAGGGAGGAUCACUACUUUGGCCAAACUUGACCGUGAACAGAUACCCGUGCAUUAUUUUACUAUCAUUGCUACGGACAAUGGCAUCCCUCGAAAAAGUGGCAGUGCUUCUCUGACUAUUACAGUCACAGAUGACAAUGACCACACACCACUGUUUGAAAAAGAUAUCUACACACGAGAUAUCUCUGAAAAUAUUGACCCAAACUCUGUUAUCCUUACUGUACGAGCAACUGACAAAGAUACUGGUGAUAACGCAAGAAUCAGGUACUCAAUAUUAAAUCCAGAUUCUCCAAAUGAUGCAUUUUCCAUUGAUCCAUCUCAUGGAACAAUCCAGACACGGAAAUCUCUUGAUCGGGAAUCAGUCAGUUUUUACAAUAUGAUAGUUCAAGCGAUGGACCAAGGUAUUAUAUCCAAGCGACGGUCAUCCACUGCUACUGUUCAAAUCACAGUCACCGAUGAAAAUGACAACUAUCCACAAUUUCAGUCAAGAUCCUAUACAAAGUCAAUACCUGAAGACAUUGAUGUUAGUAGCAAGCCAGUGAUCUUAAAUAUUUCUGCUACUGAUAAAGACGAAGGUGACAAUGCCAAGAUCACUUAUACUAUCUCAGGUGGAAACAGUCAGGAAUUUUUUAAAAUCAACUCCUUAACUGGGGCACUGUCUUUACAGAAACCAUUAGAUUAUGAGGACACAAAUCAAUAUACCUUGAAAAUCCGAGCCCAAGAUAGUGGCUCUCCACCUAAAACUAACAGCACAACUGUCAACAUCAGAGUUGAAGAUGUAAAUGAUAAUGUACCCACCUUUUUAGGUACUUAUCACGAAUCGAUCAUGGAAAACAAACCUAUCAACACAAGUAUCCGGCAAAUACAAGCAUUUGAUCCUGAUUCUGGUAUGAAUGCUCGUAUGACUUUUAAAAUUGUUGAUAAACCAGCAUACCUGCCACUGACAAUUGACCCAAAAACAGGUUGGAUACGGACAACUGCCAUUUUAGAUCGGGAAAAUGCAACAUCUUAUAGGUUCAUUGUAGAAGUUAAAGAUUCUGGGAAGCCUCCAAAGUCUGCCACGACUGAAGUGAUCCUGAUUAUCCGAGAUGCUAAUGACAAUGCGCCAGUGUUUAAUCCGAAAGAGUACCAUGUAAACGUUUCAGAGGAGGCCAACCCUGGGGAACGUGUAGUUAUUGUGACUGCAACUGACCGAGACGAGGGAGAAAAUGCAGUUCUUACUUAUCGUAUAACCGAUGGAAAUAUUAACAGUGCCUUUCGGAUUAUCACAAGUGAAGGGAUCAUAUUGGUCGCUAAGACGCUGAAUUAUCGAGAACACAAUAGGUAUUCUUUAACAGUCACUGCCACAGAUCCUAUUGGAAACCAAGAUGUUGCAGAAGUUUUUAUCCAAAUCAUUGACACCAAUCGUUAUCGGCCAAGGUUCCAGAAUACGCCAUACCGUAUUAGUGUCUCAGAAGAUGUACCCGUCGGGAAAUCCAUUUAUGAGGUAUUUGCUCUUGAUAAAGACGUAGGGGAAAAUGCACGGAUUACUUACAGCAUGGACCCCACAGAUGUGUUUGCUGUGGACCCUAACAGUGGAAUUGUGCGCACAAGGGCAGCCCUAGACCGAGAAAAGCAAGCUGGUUACACAGUGAGCGUUACAGCUACUGACCAGGGUAAGCCACCGAAGAUGGAUACCACAGAUCUGGUGAUCACCAUUGAAGACGUCAAUGACAACCAACCAGAAUUUAAGAAAGUACGCUACUCAGGAACUGUCCUUGAAUCAGCUGAAAUUGGAACGCGAGUGGUGGAGAUUUCAGCCAGGGACAAAGAUGCAGGACGUAAUGGUCAGAUUUAUUAUACGUUUGAGAAUGGAAAUGAUGGGAACGGUGAUUUUGUUAUUGACAGCACGCAAGGAGCUAUCCGAAUGAAUAAAAAACUUGAUCGUGAACGUGUGUCCAGCUAUGAACUGGUGGCCUAUGCUGUAGAUCGAGGCAGCCAUCCAUUGUCGUCAUCAGUCAUUAUUGAUAUUAAUGUUGAGGACGUCAACGAUAACAAACCAAUGUUUGAAGCCCCAGAAAUCAGGGUGAGUAUUGCAGAAAACAGCCCCAUUGGCUCAACUGUUGCUAAGCUCACAGCAAAUGAUCCCGACGUGGGUGAAAAUGCAGAAAUUGAGUAUGAGCUCAAAGAUGAAGAUGACAGAGAUUCGUUCGAGCUGAGUGGUCGGCCAGGAUCAGCUGCUAUCAUUAUCUCUAUGGUAGAUCUGGAUUAUGAGUCUGACAAAAAAUUCUACAGGCUCUCACUGCGGGCCAUCUCCAGACCACUUUUCUCUGAUGUGACGGUCAUCAUUAGUGUUGAGGAUAUCAAUGACAAUAAACCUGAACUACAGGACUUCACAAUCAUUGUUAAUAAUUUUGUCAAUUAUUUUCCAACGGGAGUCAUUGGCAAAAUCCCAGCCUAUGACCCGGAUGAAAUCAAUCAGAACACCCUUGUCUAUUCAUUUGUUUCUGGCAAUGAGGGUAACCUCUUGCAUCUUAAUUCAUCAACUGGGGAUAUUACUUUGGAUUCAAGGUUAAAUUCGGAUGUGGCUCGAAACGGAACUUUACAAGUCUCUGUCUCAGAAAGAUGCUAA